CUCUUCUUCUUCUUUAUAAAUACGCUCUCUCCUCUCUUUCUCCCUCACAUGUUCCUCGCGAAACCAAAUUCUCAAUCUUUCUUGAAAUCCUUCUCCUUGUAUGGCACUAACCCUUUUGUCCCACAAGGUAUCCGACCUCUGUAUCGGCAAACCGCCGCUACGGUAUAUUUCCUCCGCCGUAGCCACCGUCGCUGAUGCCAUCGCUGCUCUCAAAUCCUCCGACGAACCUUUCCUGAGCGUCUGGAGCUGUAAUCACGAUGUAACCGAUGACGACAAGUGCGACUGCGAGUGUCUGGGUAAGAUCUGUAUGGCCGAUGUAAUCUGUUACCUGUCUAAAUUCGACAACAACGUUUUGUCUCUUUCCUCUGCAUUCGACGCAUCCGUCUCUGUUCUUCUCCCCAAAUCUCGUUCCAUCGUCGUCCAUGUUCAAUCCUCCUGCAAGUUAAUUGAAGCCAUUGAUCUGAUAAUCGGAGGAGCGCAGAAUCUGAUUGUUCCGAUUCAGGCGAAAUCAAUCGCAAAGAGAAGACAACAAAAGCUUCUGAUACGAAGCGCUGUCGUUUCGCUCACCACCACAACAACCCACAAGAACAGCCGCCAAUUCUGCUGGAUCACACAAGAAGACAUAAUCCGAUUCCUUCUCGAUUCCAUUAGCGUCUUCUCUCCUUUACCGUCGAUCUCAAUAUCCGAUCUCGGCGUGGUCAACAGCACGCACACUAUCCUCACCGUCGAUUAUCACUCCUCCGCCGCCUCCGCCGUCGCAGCCAUCUCUCGCGCCAUCGUCGACAAUAUCUCCGUCGCGGUGGUCGACGGUGAAUGCGAUCUAGAAGAUCCACGUGUGUCUUUGAUCGGAGAGAUUUCGCCGAUGACACUCGCUUGCUGCGACGAAACAGCCGCAGCAGCUGUUGCAACACUCUCCGCCGGCGAUCUAAUGUCGUAUAUCGACGGUAGCGGUCCGCCGGAGAGUCUCGUGAGAGUCGUUAGGAAUCGCCUGGAAGAGAAAGGGAUGGUGGGACUGAUCUCACUCGUAGAAUCCUUGUCGUCGGGGUCUUCGUCGUCGGACGAAGAAUCUCCGGCGGGGAGAUUAACGAGGACGGCGUCGUAUGGAAGGUCGGUGAGUAGCGCGGCGAGGAUGGCGAGGAAGUCGGUGGCGAUAGUGUGUAAUCGGAAAAGCUCUUUAAUGGCGGUGAUGAUACAAGCGAUAGCUCACAGGGUGAGUUAUGUGUGGGUGGUUGAUGAAGAUGGUUGUUUGGUUGGUAUGGUUACUUUUGUUGAUGUUUUCAAGCUUUUUAAGGGAUUUUUGGAUGAUCAAAAUCAAAACUAAUCAUCAUCAGUUUUACUCUUUUUGUUAGAAUUUUUACUACUUAUUAAACACAGCUAAAAACAAAUGUUGCAAGACAAAAAAGUUCUUGAGGAAUAUUUCGGUUCAUGUUUCUUUAAAUCAUUUUCGGAUCUCAUGACAAUCUCAGUUCAUUUCUUUUAAUAAGAAAAGUUGGAUUUUGGGGUCCAUAA